GGGCCUUGGGAGCCCAGGAUGGAGGUGGCGGUCCCGGCGGCGGCCCGAGCCCUGCAACGGGCUGGAGGAGGUGAGCACCAGGCCCACUGAGCCUCUGCAGAGCUGCCAGCCAUGCCUGGGAUUGUGGUGUUCCGGCGGCGCUGGUCUGUGGGCAGCGAUGACCUCGUCCUGCCAGCCAUCUUCCUCUUCCUUCUGCAUACCACCUGGUUUGUGAUCUUGUCUGUGGUGCUCUUUGGCCUGGUCUACAACCCGCACGAGGCCUGCUCCCUGAACCUGGUGGACCACGGCCGCGGCUAUCUGGGCAUCCUGCUGAGCUGCAUGAUCGCCGAGAUGGCCAUCAUCUGGCUGAGCAUGCGCGGGGGCAUCCUCUACACGGAGCCCCGUGACUCCAUGCAGUACGUGCUCUACGUGCGCCUGGCCAUCCUGGUGAUUGAGUUCAUCUACGCCAUUGUGGGCAUCGUCUGGCUCACCCAGUACUACACCUCCUGCAACGACCUCACUGCCAAGAAUGUCACCCUCGGGAUGGUUGUCUGCAACUGGGUAGUCAUCCUCAGCGUCUGCAUCACUGUCCUCUGCGUCUUCGACCCCACGGGCCGCACUUUCGUCAAGCUGAGAGCUACCAAGAGGAGGCAACGCAACCUGCGGACCUAUAACCUGCGGCACCGCUUAGAGGAGGGUCAGGCCACCAGCUGGUCACGCCGGCUCAAAGUAUUCCUCUGCUGCACUCGGACAAAAGACUCCCAGUCAGAUGCCUACUCAGAAAUUGCCUACCUCUUUGCUGAGUUUUUCCGGGACCUCGACAUCGUGCCAUCUGACAUCAUUGCUGGCCUGGUGCUGCUCCGGCAGCGGCAGCGGGCCAAGCGUAAUGCUGUGCUGGACGAGGCAAACAAUGACAUCUUGGCCUUCCUGUCUGGGAUGCCAGUGACCAGAAACACCAAGUAUCUCGACCUCAAGAACUCGCAAGAGAUGCUCCGCUACAAAGAGGUCUGCUACUAUAUGCUCUUUGCCCUGGCUGCCUACGGGUGGCCCAUGUACCUGAUGCGGAAGCCCGCCUGUGGCCUCUGCCAGCUGGCUCGGUCCUGCUCGUGCUGCCUGUGCCCUGCAAGACCCCGGUUUGCCCCUGGAGUCACUAUUGAGGAAGACAACUGCUGUGGCUGUAAUGCCAUUGCCAUCCGGCGCCACUUCCUGGAUGAGAACAUGACUGCAGUGGACAUUGUCUACACCUCCUGCCAUGACGCAGUCUAUGAAACACCCUUCUACGUGGCUGUGGACCAUGACAAGAAGAAGGUUGUGAUCAGUAUUCGGGGGACCUUGUCCCCCAAGGAUGCCCUGACCGACCUGACAGGCGAUGCUGAGCGCCUACCUGUGGAGGGGCACCACGGCACCUGGCUGGGCCACAAGGGAAUGGUCCUCUCAGCUGAGUACAUCAAGAAGAAGCUGGAGCAGGAGAUGGUCCUGUCUCAGGCUUUCGGGCGAGACCUGGGCCGUGGGACCAAACACUAUGGUCUGAUUGUGGUGGGCCAUUCCCUGGGAGCAGGCACUGCUGCCAUCCUCUCUUUCCUCCUGCGCCCACAGUACCCAACUCUCAAGUGUUUUGCCUACUCCCCUCCAGGGGGCCUGCUGAGUGAGGAUGCCAUGGAGUAUUCCAAGGAAUUUGUGACUGCUGUGGUCCUGGGUAAAGACCUCGUCCCCAGGAUUGGCCUCUCCCAGCUGGAAGGCUUCCGCAGACAACUCCUGGAUGUGUUGCAGCGAAGUACCAAGCCCAAAUGGCGAAUCAUCGUGGGGGCCACCAAAUGCAUCCCCAAGUCAGAGCUGCCUGAAGAGGUAGAGGUGACCACUCUGGCCAGCACGCGGCUCUGGACCCACCCCAGUGACCUGACCAUUGCCCUUUCGGCCAGUACCCCGCUUUACCCGCCUGGCCGCAUCAUCCACGUGGUCCACAACCACCCCGCGGAGCAGUGUUGUUGCUGUGAGCAGGAGGAGCCCACCUACUUUGCCAUCUGGGGCGACAAUAAGGCCUUCAAUGAGGUGAUCAUCUCACCAGCCAUGCUGCACGAGCACUUGCCCUAUGUAGUCAUGGAGGGCCUCAACAAGGUACUAGAGAACUACAACAAGGGGAAGACAGCUCUGCUUUCUGCUGCCAAGAUCAUGGUGAGCCCCACGGAGGUGGACUUGACUCCUGAACUCAUCUUCCAGCAGCAGCCACUCCCCACAGGGCCACCCAUGCCUGCUGGACUCGCCAUGGACUUGUCAACUGCAGACCACCGCAACAGCAGCGUCAGGAGCAAAUCUCAGUCUGAGAUGAGCCUGGAGGGCUUCUCUGAGGGGCGGCUGCUGUCCCCAGUGGCUGCUGCAGCAGCAGCCCGCCAGGACCCUGUAGAGCUGUUGCUGCUGUCCACCCAGGAGCGGCUGGCGGCAGAGCUGCAGGCACGGCGGGCACCACUGGCCACCAUGGAGAGCCUGUCGGACACUGAGUCCUUGUACAGUUUUGACUCACGCCGCUCCUCAGGCUUCCGCAGCAUCCGUGGCUCACCCAGCCUUCACGCCGUGCUGGAACGCGAUGAGGGCCACCUCUUCUACAUCGACCCUGCCAUCCCUGAGGAAAACCCAUCCCUGAGUUCACGCACUGAGCUGCUGGCAGCUGAUAGCCUGUCCAAGCACUCACAGGACACGCAGCCCCUGGAGGCAGCCCUGGGCAGCGGGGGCAUCACUCCUGAGCGGCCCCCCAGUGCAGCCAAUGAGGAGGAAGAAGAGGUGGGUGGUGGGGGUGGUGGGGUGGCCCCCUGUGGGGAGCUAGCACUGCACAAUGGGCGCCUGGGGGACUCACCAAGCCCUCAGGUGCUAGAAUUUGCAGAGUUCAUCGACAGCCUCUUCAACCUGGACAGUAAGAGCAGCUCCUUCCAGGACCUCUACUGCAUGGUGGUGCCUGAGAGCCCCACCAGCGACUAUGCUGAGGGCCCCAAGUCUCCCAGCCAGCAAGAGAUACUGCUGCGUGCCCAGUUCGAGCCCAACCUGGUGCCCAAACCCCCACGGCUCUUUGCUGGUUCAGCUGACCCCUCCUCGGGCAUCUCACUGUCUCCCUCCUUCCCACUCAGUUCCUCGGGUGAGCUCAUGGACCUGACGCCCACGGGCCUCAGCAGCCAGGAGUGCCUGGCAGCAGACAAGGUCCGGACUUCUACCCCCACCGGCCAUGGGGCCAGCCCUGCCAAGCAGGAUGAGCUGGUCAUCUCAGCACGCUAGCACCCCGGCAGCACUGCCAGCGGCGCCAGACCAGAGCAGGUGGCCCUGUGGGCACCUAGUGGCUGCCUCCCGUGAGGCAGCUUUGAGGAGAGGCCCUAGGGGCCAGUUUAGCCUCAGGCAUGAGGCACUGCUGCUGAGCUGGGGGUCCGUAUCCCUACCUCAGCUUUGGACCCCCAGAGCCAGGGCAGCUGGGAUCUGGCCCCCCAGAUGGGGAGAGAUGGGAAGGGCUUGGAGCAGGGAGGAGCCUGGGGGCUUCAAGCAGACCACAUUCAGUCCUCUCCGCCUGACUGCCCUCCAUGGGGGCAUCCUGGCACCCCUUGUUCCUGAUAGGCAGUGGGCAAGCUGGCUCCCCAUCACUGCCUCCUGCUGCUCUCCCGGGGCCGAGAUGGAGAAUAGCCCUCUUCCCACAUAUCUCAUUUGUGGUCCAGGCUGGCAUCUGCCCUGGCCACCCCCCAGAUCUGGUGCCUGCUGGCCAGCCCCCUGGGGUGGCCCUCCCACCACCAUGGUGGCCUGCAGUGCUGUAUAUGUUUACAGAAGCUGCUGGGCUUGGCUCAGGAUAUGUCCUGGACUUGCAAGUCCCCAGUCCUGCCCAAUCACAUGUUCAGUAGCCCCCCUCUGAAUGAGGCCCAAGGCAGCCAAGGGGUUUGGGGGAAAGUGGGGUCAGGACCGCCCUUCCUCUGUUUGGUGGCUCUUGUGCUAACCCCUGUAUUGAUGGGCCCUGGCUCCCAGGCCUGCCCCACCUGCCUGCUGCUUCCUGGCUUCCUGACUUCACCUGCCCCCAGGGAUCCUGGGCACUGGAAGGGUGAUGGGCACUUCUCUAACUACCCCGGCUGCAGAGUCAGAGCCCUGGCAGGGAGGAAGGCACCUAAGCCUCUCUCCUGUGGGAGCCCCACCUGACUACUUUGUGUCACUCCUGCCAUGCCUAGGCAGCUCUGGGCCCUGGAAUCUGAUACCAACAUCCCACUGCCCCCUCAUCCUUCCCUUCUCCCUAGCCUAGGCUCCCUCCUGGGAACCAGGCCUUCCUCCCUUUCCUAAUGACCCGAUGGCAGGAAGGUGGGGCCAAGAGUGGGGUAUUGUGGGAUUUGGCUGGAGACCCUCUGCCCACUCUCCAGGGGAGUGGGCAGGAGGGCCAGGAAAUUGGGGGCUGUUCUGGGGUAACCUGAGGCUCCUUCCCUGCUGGGUUUGGGAAAUAGCUGGGGAGGUAGUGACCCAACCUUUCUCCAGAGAUGCGGGGAGAGGUUGUGCAUGCUAGUGUUGGGCGUGUGUGUGCAUGUGCAUGAGUGUGCACCGUACCUGAGGAAAGGGUGCUGGGGGCCACCCGCCCUGCCUGCCCUGCCUGCUCCCUCUCCCAGCCUGCCCAGAAAACAGUCAGCAAGCGCCGUGGGGCCUGUGCAGUGGGCCCUCAGGACAAACUCUGCUUCAGACACCAUCUGUUCCCCUUGCGCUUGCUGCUCUGACCCCUGGUUUGGAAAACUGGUAUGUGCCAAGGCUCUGACUGCACGGCUAACUGCCUGCUUGUGCCUUGUCUCUUUGGAGGAUGGUCCCUCCCACUCCAGCCCCGCCCACUACCUCCUGAGUGGCUCUCCCUGAUCAAGACCCCCAUCCCCUUAUCACUGGUAUCUGGGCCCGACCCUGCCCCAAACGGGACUGGCCUGGAUGGCUGCCCUGGGAACACCUCCCCACCUGACAGAGGGGACAGAGACUUGGGAGCUGGGCCUCCCUUCAUCCUCUGGGACUCCCAUCCUUACUAGACUGCAGGACAUCUGCCUAUGCCGAGGCACAGCCUCAACUGAGCACAGAAGCAAGACGACAUCAGUGGCCCUUAGAGUUUAAAAAACCAGACAAAAUCUUACAUCAGAGGAAAUUUCCAACAAGCACCCCGGCCAGUCACAGGGAGACACUUGAAGUCUGGCCUUUUAAUUCUUCCUCUGCCAGGGUGGGUCCUGGGAUCUGUAAGGUGGGUGUGCCCUGCCCACCUAUGCCCAGGACUGAGCCAUCAGGGACAGAACCCCCAGCCCCAAGGCUGCAGCCACACGGUGUUUCAGGCUUGGGGCUGGGGCAGGCUUGGACUCAGCCCUGGACACCCAGGGGUAACCCGCCCCGACCUGCCCCCCAUCAGCUCCUGCAGGAUGGGUCUGCUGCACAGCUCCCCUCUGUCCCACACCACACUUGGGGGGUCUGAGCCACCCCCCUCAGCCCAGUCCAACCCAGAUCAACUCAGCUCAGACCGACCCCACUCCAUCCCCCAGACCUGCAGCACAAGCUCUCCAGCGUGCGCUGGCCUGUCCUCCCAGGGGCCUGGGCGACUCCAUAUGCAAUCGGUAGUGAGCAGCCGGGUCCCACAGACCUUCAUGCACUCUCUAUGUGCCAGUCUCCCGUGACUUUUUUUGUACUUAAUGUAUGAAAGAUCCAAACUAAUAUUGCUGUAAAAAUGAGAGACAAAUUAAUAUAGCUUAUUCUAUAAAUAUAUCUGUAUAUAAAGGUUUCUGUAUAUUGUAUACAGCUAUGUAUAAACUGAAUGUAGAAGCA